GUGUUCCUCUUCCGGCAUGCGCGUGCUGCUUGUCAAACUAAAGGCACGAGGACAGAAGCUGGUCUGUUGUGGCGGGAAGAGUCGCGUUUCAGCUAGUUAGCCUGAGCUUUACCUGCUCGAACUAGCUUGUUGACCCAAUCAUACAGAACGUUCUGAAAAUGGCGUCGAAGAAGAAACAACAUCUGAAGAAGGAGCCGAGGGUUUCACCGGAUGCAAGAGAAGUGGAGAAGGUGGCAAAGAAGAGAUCAGCUGCUAGCUUUGAGGAAGAAGAGCUUACCUGUGCUGUUGGGGACGAGGUUCAAUCUAUGUUGGAAAAGUUUGGGACUGAAAUCAACAAGGCGAUGCAGGCCAAGAAAAAGCACCUGGAGUGUCUGACUAAGAAUCACAUGGUGGGAAGUCAGAACAAACUGGAGCACCUGUGGAGCAGCUACCAUGGCCAGAGGAAGAAAACAAUGCAGCAGUUCUCUCAGCAGGUGUCUACUGCGCUUCAGCAAUGGGAAUCUGAAGCACAUCGCUCUGAAGAGCAGGAGGAGAAACUCAAUAAUCUGUUCCGGCAGCAGCAGAAAAUCUUGCAGCAGGCAAGAGUUGGGCAGAACCAGAAGCUAAAGGCCAUCAAAGAGUUGUAUGAACAGUUUUUGAAGAAUAUGGAGGAGAUGGAGAAAAGUCACAAUGAGUUCCUGCACGGAGCACAAGAAGAACUCAAACAGGAAAUGGCCACUUUACAAAAGAAGCUACUAAUGGAUGCACAACAACAGGAGAUGGCCUCAGUUCGCAAGUCACUGCAGACCUUGUUCUUCUAGAGGGCUGUUACCACGGUGACGAAGAAGUUCCCCAUAAGUGUUGCUCCAGUCUGAGCUGUUCAUAUCAGCGUUUCAGGUUUUUUCUUUCUCUGGCGUUGCACAACCUUUUUACCUCAUCAUCUCAUAAAAUAUUUGAAUCCUGUUCUGAGCAUGCUCAGUUCAGCUCUGUAAGCUGUGGAAAAACAGACAUGUUCAGGUGAAGAAGAAAACAAAAAUGUUUUCAUAGUCCUCUAUUUUAGUUCAUAUGGUUUCUAUUUGAUUAUUUAUUAUAUAUGUAUAACAAAUAUAUACAUGACUUGUUGUCUUUACUGUGAAACAUUAAAUUAGUGUUUUUUAUGGUUUUCUAUAA